AUGACAACGGAUGAAAGAUGCCCUAUGUGCAAUUAUGAAGCAGAAGAUAUAAACCACAUGCUGAGAUUAUGUCCAAAAGUCAUGGUGAUAUGGAUUGAAUUGCUGGGUACCCAGAAAAUGGAUAAGUUCCUGAAUACCAACAUAAAGGAGUGGAUCAUCGAGAACAUUGAAACAAGCAAAUCCCUUCGCCAAGGAUCGAGAAUUGGCCUACCUUCUUCAGCUCUGUUAUCUGGUACAUGUGGAAAAGAAGAAACCAGAAAUAGCAAGCACUACAAAUGGCAAAAACCAAACAGAGACUACUGUAAGAUUAAUACAGACGAAGCUAAACGACAAAAUACGGGAGAAGAUGUGUGCAGGGGAAUUGCAAGAGAUCAUAACGGAAAUUGGAUCUGGGGUUUUGGUAAGAAAAUUGGGAUUUGCUCCAUCUUGGAAGCAUAA